GAGCUGACGGGCUUCCAGCAGCUCUCCCACAGGGACAAGUAGUACUGGUCCUCGGCUGUGACCCACGCAGGACUGAGCAGGGCUCCCACGUCCAGACACAGGGCGAGCAAGACGCACACCAGACCCACCAACUUCAGGGGCGUCAACGUCGAGACGCGCGCCUCCUCUGUCCCGCUCAGUGACGAAGACAUCUUCUUGAAGGUGUCCCGCCACUCAUUAAUGUCACCUAUGCUGUCACGCACACUCGCGGGGCUUGUUGUUCCGUGCAGGUCUGAGAGAUGCUGCUGAGCUGCUCCCACUCUGCGUGGACUCCAGAGGACAAUUGAAGCGCGACUGCUGCCUGAUGGACAGCGCUGGCUUGUUGGCAUCAACACUCGCUGGGUCCUAGUGCCCGCCGGGUCUCCCUCAAUAUACAUCAUCCAGACAGACGAGCAGGAGACAUGGGCACUGUGUUCCUGCCGGCGGAGGCGGCCCACUCGGUGCUGCGGCGGCUGCGCAGGGCCAACUUCCUGCUGGAGGAGAUGAAGCAGGGCAACAUCCAGAGGGAGUGCAGAGAGGAGGUGUGCACCUACGAGGAGGCCCGCGAGGCCUUCGAGAACGACGAGAAGACGAGGCGUUUCUGGGAGGAGUACGUGCGUGAGAGCAGUCCACCAGGUGGUCUGGAGUCGGUAGUGGGCGGAGUCAACUCUCUCUACCUGAUCGUGCCGCUGCUGACGGUGGUGUUCAUCAUCGCCGCCGUGGCCGUCACCGUGUGGCGCUGUCACUCCCGCAAGCGCUCCCAGCGCAGCCCCGGCCUGGGUCACGCUCACCACGACCACGUCCUGUCCGUGGUCUCCAUGGACCACUGGGGGCGGGACUAUCACCAUGGCGACCACUCAGAACUCAGCAUGCACAGCAGCCCCGCCUACCCCGGCUCGGCGGUCACGUCGGGGCGAGGGAGCGACCCCCCGCCGUCCUACGAGGAGGCCGUGGGCCACGCGGACGUCCACGUAGAAACGGAGCCGCCGCCGCAGUACGAGGACAUCGUGGUCAACCGAGGGAAGUAGUCAUCGUCUCAAUAAACUAUCUUUGUGGCGGACUCAACCAGGAAGAUCAUUUGACUGCAGGUCAGUGCCAAGUUGUUCAUAUCGUCAUGGUAACCUUUUACAGCUGGGAAUGACAAGACUGUCACAAUGUAGAUGUGCUCAUGUCUCAAGGAAAAACUCACUGGGGUGAGUUUUUCCUUGCCCGUAUGUGGGCUCUGUACCGAGGAUGUCAUUGUGGCUUGUGCAGCCCUUUGAGACACUUGUGAUUUAGGGCUAUAUAAGUAAACGUUGAUUGAUUGAUUUGCCACAACUUUGUAGCUGUCAAUCAUUGUUACACACCAACAAGUUAACGAGCAGAUUUAAGAUGCCUGUACAGACAGUCCCAUCAUAAUGUGUCUAAAAGAAAAGGUGAAGGGAUGCAUGAAACAAGAAGUUGUCUUAGAGAUAUUGAAGGUAAAAAUGAACAUUUAUUACAUGAUUAGAAUGUUGUAGAAUUUAAGUACACAUUUGAACAGCACUUACUUCUUGAUUUUACUCAAGCUGCUGCACCUCCCAUGAUACUUCUAAAGGUGGAAAAAGUGCUGCAAGUUAUUGAAGCAGCUAUAAUAUAAUAUAAUAUAAAUGUCCUUGUCAUUUCCAGCUGCAAGAGAAGUGUAAUGAAUGCGUGCGUCAGGAUAAAAGUUGUUGUGCAGCAGCAGCAGUUUCAGGUCAAUCUUUUGUCUUUUUUUCUAACUUCUCGUCUUCAACUGUGAAAAAGUUCCCACGCCACAGAGGUGACGCAAUACUUGCUGUGUGGAAGGACAAUGGGACAAAAGGCAAUAGGAAGACUUUAAGCAUGUGUGUGUGUGUGUUUACUCUUCACUAACGUCACAGCACUUUUACAUGGAACUCACACACUUUUGUCUUCUUUUACUUUGAAAGGAGAAUUUUGAAGGAAUUGACUUGAAUGUCAUAAAAUAGAAAAAUACUUUACAUUUGCUGAAGAAAUUAAUUUCAUUUAAAUUGCUUUUCUGAAAGUGUCACACAAGUAGGAGUGGUGUGUAUUUACAUAUAUUAGGGCUGGCAUCACUAAGAAAAGACGGCAACAUUUAGACACGCGUGUCAUUGUUGUCAUUUUGAAACGUUUGACUAAAAUGCAAGUCAUUGAUUUGCUUAGAGUAAGAAUGAAUGCACAUUUAGCAACAAUCUAGCAAACAAGGAACAGAAAGUAAACAAGUUGACAUUCAAACAAGAUUAUUCACCUUUUCAGAUGACAUCGUUCCUUGUUUGUACCUAGCAGUCAGCUGUGUGAGAGGAGCAAUCAUUCAUCUCAUUCAAAGCCUGACUGGAAUUAAAAUGCAACAUGUAAACACAUCCAGAGCAACAUGUCAUUCACAUUAUUACAUGUGGAUGAUGUCAUUCACAUUAUUACAUGUGGAUGAUGUCAUUCACAUUAUUACAUGUGGAUGAUGUCAUUCACAUUAUUACAUGUGGAUGAUGUCAUUCACAUUAUUACAUGUGGAUGAUGUCAUUCACAUUAUUACAUGUGGAUGAUGUCAUUCACAUUAGUACAUGUGGAUGAUGUCAUUCACAUUAUUACAUGUGGAUGAUGUCAUUCACAUUAUUACAUGUGGAUGAUGUCAUUCACAUUAUUUACACUUCUCAAGUUCGGGUGCAAAUUGUCCUAAACGUGUUUUGUGACGUCAGCUAAACUUUGGUGGUGGACUAGAUUUAAUUCUUAGUCUUGGAAUGACUUCCCACUAAGUAGGAUCUGGAGUGUCAUGUGUGACUAAGUAGGGUCUGGAGUGUCAUGUGUCACUAAGUAGGGUCUGGAGUGUCAUGUGUCACUAAGUAGGGUCUGGAGUGUCAUGUGUCACUAAGUAGGGUCUGGAGUGUCAUGUGUCACUAAGUAGGGUCUGGAGUGUCAUGUGUCACUAAGUAGGGUCUGGAGUGUCAUGUGUCACUAAGUAGGGUCUGGAGUGUCAUGUGUCACUAAGUAGGGUCUGGAGUGUCAUGUGUCACUUAGUGGACUAGAUUUAAAUAUUAGUCUUGGAAUGACUUGUCACUAAGUAGGGUCUGGAGUGUCAUGUGUCACUAAGUAGGGUCUGGAGUGUCAUGUGUCACUAAGUAGGGUCUGGAGUGUCAUGUGUCACUAAGUAGGGUCUAAUCACACAUGUAAACAUUACCAGCCCUAAUAUUUAUAAAUACAUAGUCAGUAUAUAUAUAUAUAAAUGUGUACAUGCCAGUGAGUACAAGCCAUACAAACUGUAGUACUUUUGUGUAAAACAUUGCCAACAUAUUUAACUUCACAACAGCACUGUUUUGUUUUGUGUUUGAGAGUUGACCUUUGAACUUCAACACUCACGACAGGAAGUGGGUUGUUGGCAGCCAUUUUUCCACCGGGAACAUGUUUGACAAUGCCUUAGCCAAGACACAAUGUAUAUAUUACACAUGCACAGGAAACUUGUAAUAAUUCCUUAUUAAUAUGCAGCUUGAAUGUGUUUGUAAUAAAACCUGCUAAAUGUCUGAUGAUGUCAU